UAUUUGAGUUUCGGUUUCCAGCAGUUACCGAGAGUUCUCCUUCCUGGGGUCUUUCCCCGAAGUCGAUUCUUCCCUUCCAGAGUUGAGAGCCACAGCUAUGGAAGGUCAGCGCGAAAGGCCACCGGCGUCGCGCGCUAAGAAGCCGGCUGUGAAGCGCACCACGACGGACCACAACGGGACCGUGGGCGCCCCGUCCCACGCCGGAAACUGCGGUCCGCAAAGGGGGGCGCGAUCGCGGCGUGCGAAGCGUGACGGGGACCCCACGGAGAAGCCGCGCACCAGAGCGCGACCGGGACAGGCGUCCAUGCCCAUCACGGACCAACGGUCCUCGGCCACCGGCGCCGCAGGAGUCGCCGAACAGCCCGCCUCCCCGGAGCUCCAGCCUCCCGCGCACCCCGAGGCUCCUGAGGUCGCAAGGGGUCCUAGCCGCAGAAGAGGCGCGCGCUCCGUUGGGCAGUUGGGAGCGCCGCGGGCGUCCAGGAAGGAUCUGAAAGGGACCCCCGAGGGAAAACUCAAGAAUGUGCUGAAAAAAUUGAAGUUGAAACGCAAGGAGAUCUCGAAGGCGGCCGACGUAGUGAAUGAGGUCGUGAAGCAUCUGCUGACUAGCAUGAAGAACCGUGAGUCAGAGUUUAAAGAGGUGCAGCCACUGAACACUGGCAGCUACUAUGAGCGUGUGAAGAUUUCUGCCCCUAAUGAAUUUGAUGUCAUGUUUAAGCUGGCCGUUCCCAGAACCCAGCUGCAGGAGUACGGUGACACUGGCGCUUUUUAUCUUGUGGCGUUCAAAAGAAUUCCAAGAGGAAAUCCUCUGAGUCACUUCUUAGAAGGGGACAUAUUAUCAGCUUCCAAGAUGCUGUCAAAGUUUAGGGAAAUCAUUAAAGAAGAAGUUAAAGAAAUCAAAGACAGAGAUGUCUGUGUGGAGGAGGAAAAACCAGGAAGCCCUGCUGUAACACUUCUGAUCAGAAACCCGGAAGAAAUAUCUGUGGAUAUAAUUUUGGCUUUGGAAUCAAAAAGCAGCUGGCCUAUUAGCACCAAAGAAGGACUACCCAUCAAAAACUGGCUUGGCACAAAAAUGAGAACCAGUUUAAGACGAGAGCCAUUUUAUCUUGUGCCCAAGAAUGCCAAAGUUGGAGAUAGUUUUCAAGGCAAGACAUGGCGCCUCUCUUUCUCUCACACUGAAAAAUACAUUUUGAAAAAUCAUGGGAUAGAGAAAACAUGUUGUGAAGUUGGUGGAGCGAAAUGUUGCAGGAAAGAUUGUUUAAAAUUGAUGAAAUACCUUUUGGAACAGUUGAAAAAAGAGUAUCAAGAACUAGAAGCAUUCUGUUCUUACCACGUGAAAACUGCGAUUCUUCACAUGUGGACUAAGUACCCACAGUACAGUCAGUGGGACCCCAAGGACCUCAGCAGUUGCUUUGAUAACUUUUUGACGUUCUUUGUUGAAUGCCUCAAGACAGAGAAACUGAUGCAUUAUUUUAUUCCAAAGUUCAAUCUAUUCUCUCAAGAGCUAAUUGACCAAAAAAGUAAAGAAUUUCUGAUAAGGAAAAUAGAAUAUGAAAGAAACAAUGGAUUUCCAAUUUUUGACAAGUUUUGAGAUUAUGCAUUUUGUCUAUGUGUUAUAAUGUGUUCUUGUGGGUAUGUGUUUAGAACAGAGGUUGAUGCCAAAUGUCUUCCUCGAUCACACUUUUUUGAGACAGUCUGCCUCUGAACCCAGAGUUCAUGGAGGUGUCCAGGCUGAUUAGCCCGUGAGCUCCCAUGAUUCACCUGUCUGUUUCCCCAGUCCUGGGAUCAUAGAUGAGCAUUACCUAUAUAGCUUUUAUGUUGUUGCUGGGCUCUGAACUCAGGUCAUUAUGCUUGCAAAGCAGGUACUGUAUUCACUGAGCCAUCUUCCUAGCCUGAAAUUGUGUUUUGAAAUGAAAUUGGGUUAAAGUGCCUUAAGUCCAUUGUGGUGGUGUCUGCCUUCAGUCCCAGCACAUGAGAAGCAGAGGCAGAACAAUAGCUCAAUGUAAUCCUUGGCGUGGGCUACCUGAAACCUACUUAAAACAAAGUACGAAGGGAUUGGAGAGAUGGCUGGCUCAGUAGUGAAGAUCACUUACUGCUCCUUCAGGGGACCUGGGUUUGGUUCUCGGCACCCAAUGGCAGGUCAUAACUGUCACUCCAGUUCUAGGGAAUCUAGUCUGACUACUGAAGGAUCCUGCUUGCACCUGGUGCUCACACAUAAACACACAUACAAAAUGAAUAUUUUUUAAAAGUAGAAAAACUAGAAAAUGAAACUGUGAUAUGAUGUGUGAUAUGUUAAGUAUGUUGGCACUUACUUAUAAUCCUGGCACUUGAGAAUCUGAGGUAUGGGGGUUGCCACUAAUGCAAGGCCAGCCUGGGCUACAGAAUAAGAUCUUGUCUCAAAAAACAAAACAUCAAAAGCCAGCAGUAAUCCCUGUGAGUCACCAUGAGGUUUGGCCUGAGUCUGCUCAUCUGUCCUGACUUAGAAAGGUACAAUGGUUUUGUUUUUCUUCUUUUGGGUGCUGGUCAGAACCUAAGGAGGCUUUCCUGGUAUUUGUGCUUCCUUUCUCUUUCUCUUGAAGUUCCCCCAACCCCUCCACACACACACACACACACACACACACACACACACACACACACACACACACCCCAUAUGGCUGCUUGUCUCUCAUGUGGCUCAUGGUUUCUUUGAAUGUAAAACAACCCCCCCCCAGAUGUGAUUCUAAUAACUCAAAAGUUCAGAGCAGUGACUAAAAUGAAUUAUUUUAUUUAGUUCUCAGUUUUUUGUAAAUUCACUCAAAUAUCAAGAUUAUAAAGAAAAGUUAAGUAAUGAAAAUGAAAAUCUUGCCAUUUUGGAAAACAUAUAUAUCUCCCCAAUUAAAUGCAUUAAGUACUUAAUGAGUAUCACUUCUCACCUACAGUAGUGAUACAGUAGUCUACAGAAGGUUGUGAGAGACCAUAUCAGAAAUGGUUGAUUUAGGCUUUGUUCAAAUCCAGGAAAUGGACAUGGAAGUCGUGCCUGGUUCUGUCCUGUGUCCCAAGGUAGGAAAGGAAAGGAAAAUUGACUUCUGUAUCAUCUCCACUUCAGGUCCUUUACAAUGUGCACAUGUUUGUAAUUUAUAUUUUAUUUAUUUUUGUUUCAUAUGUUUCUAUGAAAUCAGUGGUACUCAGCGCAGAGAAAUGGGUGAGACAGAGGCUGACUCUCCUGCAUUCAAGCAGCAGUCUCCAGGGAACUUAGUGCAUGGAUGGUCGCAGGAGCCUGGUCUUCGUUGCUCUGCAGGUGUUAGUUAUCGUGUAACAAAUCAUGUGUUCUCUUUACUUUUGGGUAUCUUACAAUAAAUAAGAUUUAAAAGUUUUAAUGUA